AUGUUAAAGCAGAUUCACGAUGGCCACUUUGGAGAAUCAAAAUGUCUCGAAAGAGCGAAGUCAGUUGCCUACUGGCCAGGAUAUGUCGAAGAAAUACGCAACCUUGUAGCUGGAUGUCGUAUAUGUCAAGAGCGGCGCCACCAAAAUCCACAUCAACAGCAUUAUCCAGUCGAAGUUCCAGAAUACCCCUUUCAACGUGUGGCGACGGAUUUCUUCCAGCUACGGGGUAAAGACUAUUUAUUGGCUGUUGACUACUUUAGUAAAUGGCCCAGUGUCGUCGAAAUGUCAUCCACUACAAGUGCAGCCACUAUCAAAGAAUUGGAUAAACUAUUCUCAGAUUUUGGAGUGCCGGAAGUGCUUGUGUCGGAUAAUGGACCACAAUUUGGCAGCGCUGAUUUCCGUGCGUUUGCCCGUCAUCUGGCCGUAUCUCAUGUCACGUCAAGUCCAUUUUAUCCAGAGUCAAAUGGUCUGGCGGAGCGAUCGGUACAAACAGUGAAAGCGGCGUUUAUCAAGUCUAUGGAAGAUGGUCGCACGCUCCAGGACACGCUCCGAGCAAUUCGUUCCACUCCUGUUGGAGGUGGAUUGCCGUCCCCAUCGGUGUUGUUGCAGUCACGGAAUCUACGAGGAAGUUUGCCAUUUUUGUCUGAGUCUUUACGGCAUCAAAAUGUCUCAUCGGGAGCUGUAUCGGCAGCAUUAAAGCGUCGUCAAGAAUCGGCGACCUUUCAUCAAAAAGCAGCCCGUCCGUCUCGAUACUCCGUGCUGACGGUCGGUCAGCCAGUCAGAGUACGUUUAGGAAAAAACUGGGUACGCGGAAGCGUCAAGAUGGUGUGCCAACAGCCGGACUCGUAUGUCGUCACAACUCUCGCUGGCCGAGAUUUUAGAAGAAAUCGAAGAGCCAUUAAUUGCUGCAAGGGAGAUCCAGCUAUUCAUCCAGCAAAGACCAUUACUCAAAAUCAGUCGGCAGUUCCCCCUAAAUUAUCAGCUGAGCAACACCAGCCAAAUCGUCUCAACACACUUUCUCCCAGCAGGCAACAGUCGGUGUUUUCAUUUCCGGCCCUAUCAUUGCCACGGCCUAUUGUAUCAUCACAGCCACAGGCUGUAGUUCAGCCACCAGCUUUGCCGCCGGUUCCACCACCACUGCCGCCAGUUCCAGCAACUUUACCGCCGGCUCCGCCAGUCAUCAUGCUGCCCGACCCUGCACAUCCGGUUCAUGUCCCUCGUCAAGCAGUUCGCAAGCCGCGAACGGCCAAAAUCUGGCCAUCGAGUACCAGGAGUAGUUCCAGAUUGGCAGAGCAACGUCAGACCUCAUUGUCAGCGCAGCGCCGGUCCGUCUCGUUGAGUCCAGCUCGACUUCCUGAUCUGGCCGGGCAGGUAGCAGAUGCAAACGUGGCAGCCGAACCAGCGGCCGAAUCGACUAGUCUAGUUCCAGCCGAACAGUCCGAAGUCGUUCAAGAGUAG